UCGGCGGGAGGGGGCCCAAGGGGCGCGCGCGGCGGCGGCGGCGCGGCGGGGCGGGAGGCGCGGCAGCCGGACUGGCGGGCGGCCGCCUCGCAGGUGCACCUCGGGCUUUGUAGGUGCGAGCGUCUUUGUGCGGCGGACAAAUGGGGAGAGGACGAGGAGGUGGGCACUCGAGCGACGUAAGAUCCACAUCAGCUCAACUGCACUCAUCUCGCAGAGGCCGCCAGCUCACUUCCCGCGGAGGCGCUCCCCGGCGCCGCGCUCCGCGGCCGCCGCCUGCCCCCACCCGCCCUACCGCCGCCGCCACCGCCGAGCACGCCGCGCCCCGCAGCUCCUGGCUUCCUCCUCGCUAGGGUGGCGUUGGGCCGGCGCGGGCGCUCGGGUGACUGCAGCGGCUUGGCUUCCCGCCCCCCGCCCCGGGCCGCGCGGCUGCCAGUCGCUUCGCACAGGGCUGGAUGGUUGCAGCGAGCAGGGUGGCUCCAGGAUGUUAGGGACUGUGAAGAUGGAAGGGCACGAGAGCAGCGACUGGAACAGCUACUACGCGGACACACAGGAGGCCUACUCCUCCGUCCCGGUCAGCAACAUGAACUCAGGUCUGGGCACCAUGAAUUCCAUGAACACCUACAUGACCAUGAACAGCAUGAGCACGAGUGGCAACAUGACCCCGGCCUCGUUCAACAUGUCCUACGCAAACCCGGGCCUGGGCGCCGGGCUGAGCCCCGGGGCGGUGGCUGGCAUGCCCGGCGGCUCUGCGGGCGCCAUGAAUAGCAUGACGGCGGGCGUGACGGCCAUGGGGACGACGCUGAGCCCCGGCGGCAUGGGGGCCAUGGGCGCGCAGCCGGCGGCCUCCAUGAACGGCCUGGGGCCCUACGCGGCCGCCAUGAACCCGUGCAUGAGCCCCAUGGCGUACGCGCCGUCCAACCUGGGCCGCAGCCGCGCUGGCGGCGGCGGCGGCGACGCCAAGACUUUCAAGCGCAGCUACCCUCACGCCAAGCCGCCCUACUCCUACAUCUCUCUCAUCACCAUGGCCAUCCAGCAGGCGCCGAGCAAGAUGCUCACGCUGAGCGAGAUCUAUCAGUGGAUCAUGGACCUCUUCCCCUAUUACCGGCAGAACCAGCAGCGCUGGCAGAACUCCAUCCGCCACUCGCUCUCCUUCAACGACUGCUUUGUCAAAGUGGCCCGCUCCCCGGACAAGCCAGGCAAGGGUUCCUAUUGGACGCUGCACCCGGACUCCGGCAACAUGUUCGAGAAUGGCUGUUACUUGCGCCGCCAGAAGCGCUUCAAGUGCGAGAAGCAGCCGGGCCCCGGGGGCGGGAGCGGCGGCGGCGGCGGCCCCAAGGGUGGCCCGGAGAGCCGCAAGGACCCCUCGAGCGCUGCCAACCCCAGCGCCGACUCGCCCCUUCAUCGCGGCGUGCACGGGAAGGCCGGCCAGCUAGAGGGCGCGCCGGCCCCCGGGCCCGCCGCCAGCCCCCAGACUCUGGACCACGGCGGGGCGGCGGCGACAGGGGGCGCCUCGGAGUUGAAGACUCCAGCCACCUCGGCUGCUCCUCCGAUCAGCUCUGGGCCUGGGGCGCUGGUAUCUGUGCCCCCCUCCCACCCGGCGCAUGCCCUGGCACCCCACGAGUCCCAGCUGCACAUGAAAGGGGACCCUCACUACUCCUUCAAUCAUCCCUUCUCCAUCAACAACCUCAUGUCCUCCUCGGAGCAGCAGCACAAGUUGGACUUCAAGGCAUACGAGCAGGCGCUACAGUACUCGCCCUACGGCAGCGCGUUGCCCGCCAGCUUGCCCCUCGGCGGCGCCUCGGUGGCCACGAGGAGCCCCAUUGAGCCCUCAGCCCUGGAGCCCGCCUACUACCAAGGUGUGUAUUCCAGACCCGUUCUAAACACUUCUUAGCUCCCUGGGACCGGGGGUCUGUCUGGCAUGGCCAUGCUGGUAGCAGGAGAGAGAGAGAGAAAUCAACAGCAAACAAAACCACACAUACCAAGCCGACAGCAGCAUAAUGAAAUCCCAACUAUUUUUAUUUCCUUUUUUCUUUUUUUGUGCACAAUCUUUCCCCUAGUGCAAAAGACUGUUACUUUGUUACUGUUGUUCAAAACGCCUUGUGUAUAUUAUUACAAAGAAAACCAACCUCAAACCAACAAAAGUUGUCCUGCAAAGUUUAAUGAUCCACAAGUGUAUAUAUAUAUAAAUCCUCCUACUUCCUUGUCUUUCUCCCUUUCUUCCCUCUUCCCCCCCUGCAGACAUGUUCUAGUCUGUGCAGGAUUUAUUUUAAAAAAAAAAGAAAGAUGGUCAAGCUUGUAAAAUAUUUGUUUGUGCUUUUUCCCCCUCCUCACCUGAUUCCCCUUCCCACACACACACACAGACACAAACAGUUUACAGGUCCAUGGCAAUACUCUUAACCAUAAGAACUGAAAGAGUGAAGAAACAAGUAGACAGUAGGGCUGUUAGAAGUACUGAAGGACAGUGCUGCUGUUACACAGCAAAACAUAAACAGAUUAGAGCCACGUUUUUCAGCUUGCGUUUCAGAUACGUUCAGAUAGCAGAUGUCUCUAAAUGAAAUACAUAUCUAUCAUAUAUAUGAACUUAUUUAUGCACAUGCUCAGAUAUGUAGACAUCAUCCAUAUAUUUAUAUAACAUAUAAAGGUAAUAGGUAGGUGAUAGACCUGCUCUUGAGUUGCCAGGACCAAGAAGUUACAAAGACACCCUCUUCCCCUCCUCUCCACCCACACAUAGCCCUGGGAAUCAAUUCCUUGAGAAUUGCCCUUGUCAAUAACUGUACUCCUUGUUUUGCAGAGGGCCAUGGUCAUGUCAUUCUGAGGUCAUAUAACAUGUGUAAAAUUAGCUUCUUUCUAUUUAUACCAUUUAAAGGAUAUUUUUUUUCCAGAAAAAAAGGGGAAUACUAUUACAAUGUUGGAGGAGAGAUAAGUUAUAGGAAGCUGUAUUUCAAAAUUUGGUCCAAGAUUCCAAAAUCCAAUUGAUUGUGGCCAUUUUAAUUAUUGCCAUCGUGUGCUUGUUUCAGUGUUAAUGCACUUUUCACAGUUGGACAUGGUGUUAGUAUAGCCAGACGGGUUCCAUUAUUAUUCCUCUUCGCUUUCUCAAUGUUAAUUUAUUGCAUGGUUUAUUCUUUUUUCUUUACAGCUCAAAUUGCUUUAAAUGAUGGUUAAAAUUACAAAUUAAAAUGUUAAUUUUUAUCAGUGUGAUUGUAAUUAAAAUAUUUUGAUUUAAAUAAUGAAAAUGAGAAAUUUUAAGCUGUGGAAUAUGUUCUUGAUCAUUUGCAGCUAAGGACUUUAAAUAAAUCAAAUGUUAACAAAAAGAAAA